UGCAAUACGUGCUCUUGUACCUUCAAUUGCAGCGAGCUUCAACGAUCGCAUAUGCGUGCACCCUGGCACAUAUACAAUUUGAAGCAGCGCAUGAUUAAGAUGCCAGCUUUGACGCUGGAGCAAUUUGACGCCCUAGCUCAGCCUGAUGAGUUUCCCAAUCCUAAGACCAGCAAGGAAGAUGAUAUGCGAGCUGCACCGGAAUCCAGGUCUGAAUCAGGGGAGGAGAAUCAAGUGGACAAACGAAUUUCUCCUUCAGAGUGUCUGUUCUGCAAUAUUGACUCAUUUAACGUAGAAGACAACGUUGAACACAUGCGUUUUGCUCACGGACUAUAUAUACCUGAGGCCGACCAACUAUCCGACAUGGAGACAUUCAUUGGCUACCUUGCAUUGAUCAUCUGCGAGUACAACGAGUGUCUUUACUGUGGAGUCGAGAAAACCAGUCUGGAGGCGAUUCAGACACAUAUGAAAGACAAGGGCCAUUGUAUGAUCAAUUUAGACGGUGAAUCAGAGCUUCUGGAUUUCUGGGAUGUUUCUGGCGACGAAGACAAUGAAGAGCCAAAAGGUGGGGAGAAAGAGAGAAGUAAUGACAAUAGAUUUCACAUCUCUGCGACUGAAAUGCGACUCCCGUCUGGUUCCAUCAUCACUUCGCGCUCUGAUACUGCUCAGCUCCGUGCGAAGCCAACGCUCACCAAGUCGAGGGUCAAGGCUUCGCAGACACGGAUCAACAAGGAUAGGGUAAAGGCCAUAACAAAUGGAACCGAGGACAAACUUCAAGGACCCGACGGCAACCGUUCCAUGCGCACGCAGCCCGGCACAGAUCAUCGCAUGGCUAUUCGCGGGGAGAUGGGACUUAUUGGCUUGCCUGAACAACAAAGGCGCGCUUUGAUGGCGACAGAGAUCAAGAUGAAGAAGCGCGAGCAUAUCGCCAAAGCAGCCCAGAGAUGGGCUACUGAGAAAGUUGCGAACAAGCAAAAGUUCUUUAAGCCAGACGUACCGGGGAGGAAAAAUGGCUGA